CACAAUAGAAUCGCAGUAAACUAACAAGCGACUUCAACUCGAGAAUCAUUCCCGCUUGACGAUAGGGUUCGUUUAACGUACAGUGAUCGAUCAUUGGUCUUUACAGUCUUCAAUCUCAAUUUCUCAGCCAUUUUCUGUUCAAUUUCACGCAGACCGCAUACGGGGGAGAUGAGGAAUCGUGCUGCGGCGGCAUGGGGAGUGGCAAUUGUGUGUUUCGUGGUACUAAUGUUGGUGACUCCCAAAAUCCCCCAGUCUCAAGAGUACCAUGACUUCGCCGACCAACGUGAAUUUUUCGGGAUACCAAAUACAUUGAAUGUGAUCUCGAAUUUCCCCUUUUUGAUCAUUGGUCUAAUAGGUCUAAUACUUUGCUAUUUCAGAAACUAUUUUAAGCUGAGAUUGCAGGGUGAACUCUGCGGUUGGACAUGUUUUUAUAUUGGCGUGGCAGCUGUUGGUAUUGGAUCCUCUUAUUAUCAUCUCAAGCCUAAUGAUGAGCGCCUUGUAUGGGAUCGCUUGCCGAUGACUAUUGCAUUCACAUCUAUCAUUGCGAUAUUUAUAAUUGAGAGAGUAGAUGAACACAGGGGAACUCUGUCCAUAAUCCCUCUCCUUCUGGCUGGUGUAGUCAGCAUAUUGUAUUGGAGGUUUUUUGAUGACCUGCGCCCAUAUGCUGUGGUACAAUUUGUACCUUGCAUAGCAAUACCAGUAAUGGCUAUAUUACUGCCUCCUAUGUACACACAUUCCACAUAUUGGCUUUGGGCUGCAGGGUUUUAUCUCCUAGCUAAGAUUGAAGAAGCAGCUGACAAACCCAUUUACAGUUUGACUCAUCAUAUUGUGAGUGGGCACACUCUGAAACAUUUAUGUGCAGCAAUGGUCUCCGUCUUCUUGACUCUUAUGCUUGCAAAGAGGGAUAUUGCAGAAGAAAGGCUCAGUUUAUUGCAGAUUUGGAGAAUAUCAUGGAAAAAGGUUAAGAAAAAUGGUAACAAUGUGGAGAAUCUCUCGUGUACGUAUUCUGUUGUUCCAGUUGUUGAGGAAUCACAUUAACUCGGAGUUCCAGAUAACCUUUUCCAGGAACAAGAAAUACUUCAAUACCAUUUGUUUAACCUGGAGUAUCUAACUCGUCCUUAAUUAGUGUAUAUAAAGCACAAGUUUUAAGUGAAUACCUGUAAUAGCUGUGACUCGCUGUUAAAUGUGAUAAGGUUUUAAUCUUUGAUCCUGUAACCUUGGAUCUAGCUGUCUUUAAUAUGGAAGAAUAGAUGGGAAUCUUCUUAUCUUAAUGAAUUAUGUUAAUGGCAGUUUCUUCUGAUACAGACACAUUUUACCUCUGUAAAAAUUCAAUCUGAGUUUUAACUUAUUGGGA